GUAAAGUCCUAGUUGUGGACACGACGACGACACACGCGGGUGCUGUUCACCAGUCGACACACCUUGACCGACGUUCUCGACAUACAUAGCACACUAAAUUAAGGCUUGCCCUAAUCCAUCUUCUGAAGCAUCCCACCCGAGUAAGCUUUUCACGGGGAAAAUGGGAGCAGGAUGAUUCUCAGGAUGGAUUAGGGUGGGCUCUAACUAGAAUUUGUUGAAGAUGAUGGAGAUGCACUGCAAUAUGACAACAACAACGACACGCAGAAGAAGUUUUUUUCGUCUUUUUUCUUGCCUUUCCCUGCUGGCAAAGCUUCCUACACUCGUAGUGGCCCUCUCAGCGAAAAGUCGUUCUUCUGCUAGAUCGACUGGCAAUGGCGCUGUUCCGCCUUCCGGUACUUCGGAAGCUUUAAGUCUCGAUGUUCCACUGAUGAUGGCUCUUUCAUGCUAGCCUAGAUGAAGUUUCUCUUCUACAACAUGAACAUUUACUUCAAAAUACAGGGCUAGCACUAGUAUUGUACUUCUUCAAUUCAUCAUAUACUAGGAUCAAUCGACUUCUAGUGUCUUUUCUUCUUGACGACAUUAUGGAAGAUCCUGCUUUUACAACUAGAAGAAAAAAUUGUGGUUCUCGUUCUAAUCCAUCCUGCACCACCACCAGUUCCAACGUCCUCUGAGACGACGACGGGUCGUGCUUUUUCGGCAUGGUCUUCUUCAAGACUUGUGUCGGGUGCCUUAUCCGGUUCAGGAGUUCCUAUUGAAAUGGAAGGGCCUGACUUUCCGGAAGAUCAACCCAGGGAGCAUCGUGCAGAAACGCGAACAAAGUUAGGCUGUUGUACUAGGAGGUAGUACUAGAAGGUCUAGUUGAAAAAGAAAUCAUGCUUCUUACUAGUUCGUCUUCGUCCGGGACGAGGUGUAGUUAAGGAUAUCAUUAUAAUACUGUUCUCCUUCAAGAACGUUGAGGCAUGCAUGCAAAUUGCGAUGCAUUUAGGACUAGUAUCUUUAUUGUCAUCGUUCUUAUAAAGCUUUUACUACUUGACGAUCAACACGCACUCAUAUCGCUUUUUCUUCUUCUAUGAGAAGGACAAGCCAUCGCCAUUAGGACAUCUUGUACUUCUGUUAGAAGGACACUCUAGCUCUACUAAGUCAUCAGGACGCCACAGUGUCUUUGACGGGAUCUUCUGGGAGUAUCGGGACU